GCAGCAGCGGAAAACACCGCCCCUUGCCGAGAAACUACGCUGCCUGCCUUAUAAAACCACCCACAGCUUAUUCCGAGCUCAGAAUAACACGAGACAGCGCUUCGGAACACACUGACACAACCCGGUUCUAUUCGCUGCAACGUCACGAUCGCCUUUUGGAUUACAAUUAUGACUCUUGAAGAGGUCCAACAACAAGAGAGCCCGAUGGAAAACGCAGACAGGGUGCUCAGUGCAGGCGCUGCCCUGGAGGAGCUGCUGGUGGCUGCCAAGAAGCAAGAAUCCCUGACAGUCGGAGUUUACGAGUCCGCCAAAGUGAUGAAUGUUGACCCGGACAGCGUGGCAUUCUGCGUCUUGGCCACGGAUGAAGAGUACGAGUGGGACAUCGCGCUGCAGAUCCACUUCACCCUCAUCCAGGCCUUCUGCUUCGACAACGACAUCAACGUGGUGCGCGUCAACGACAUCGAACGUCUGGCUGACCUGGUGGGCGCCGACGAGACCGGCGAGCCCAAGGACGCGCACUGCAUUCUCGUCACGAGCCCCAGCGCCGACCCGUGGAAGCAUCCGGCUCUGGAGCAGCUGGCUCUGUUCUGUGACGAGAGCCGCAGCGUGUGUGACUGGGUUCCUGCCAUCACGCUGCCCGAGCGCUGACCUGACGACCUCCUG